GAUGGGAUCCAAUGGAGCACAACCAACCACCGAGGUCGGUAGCCCGACUGACCGACCAAGCUGGCAGCAAGAAAGGCGAGAGGAUCGAGAAGAGAAAUACGGCAAACAAAAAGAGGAAAGAUAAGCUACUGGGAAACAGACGGACAACGGCCCACCCAUUGGCUGUAAUUCCCGCUCGAUCGAGCUCAAGGAACUCGCCUGGCUUGAUUCGCAGCGCGUCCAGCUCGACACAAGGCCUAGGAAGAUGAGGUGACGCCGUUGGGCUUGACCCGCGCAACGAACCCCAGCACCCACCCGCUGCUGCCGCCGUCAUGGAGCUCAACCCGACAGCAAGCUGGGAGCAGGUGGGGGACCGCUACUACCGCAAGGUGCAGCUCUACACGGCCGUCUUCGACCUGGACCUGGACUUGGACAACUACGUCGUGGCCGGCGCCCCCGACGCCGGCGCCGUGGCCCUGUACAUGGAUGAGAACAAGCUGGUCGAGUACCGGGCCGGCCAGGCCCGCAAGCCCAGCGUCGACGUCUACAGCUGCGCCGGCAAGCUGCUGCGCUCCAUCCCCUGGGACAAGGGCUCCGUUAUCGGCCUGGGCUGGUCCGAGGACGAGCGCCUGCUCGUCGUCACGCGCGACGGCACCGUGCGCUGCUACUACGGCCUGCAGCAUGACUUUACCCAGUUCUCGCUCGGCCACGGCGCCGACGAGUACGGCGUCCAGGCCUGCCUCUUCUACGACACGGGGCUCGUCGCCCUGCUGUCCAACAACACCCUCGUCUCCGUCUCGUCCUACGCCGAGCCGCGCCCGCGCGCCCUGGCCGCCGCCCCCGAUGGCCCCGUGCACUCGUGGGCCCUGAUCCCGCCGCGCCACACCCUCUCGCGCUCCGUCGAGGUGCUCCUCAGCAUCGGCCAGACCGUCUACGUGGCCGACGCGAGCGAGUGCGAGGAUCGCUUCCUCGACAUCGGGCCCUUCAGCCACGUGGCCGUCUCGCCCAAUGGCAAGUUCGCCGCCCUCUACACGCCCGCCGGCCACGUCCACGUCAUCACGUGCGACUUCCAGACCCGCCUGAGCGAGCACGACCUCAAGUCGCGCAUCCCGCCAAAGUAUGUCAGCUGGUGCGGCAACGACGCCGUCGUCGUCGCCUGGGAGGACGAGAUCCACCUCGUCGGCCCCGGCGCCGCCGCCGCCACCUUCAUGUACGAUGGUCGCAUCCACGUCAUCCAGGACCACGACGGCGUCCGCGUGCUGACCAACGAGUCCUGCGACUUCAUCCAAAAGGUGCCCGACGUCACCGAGGAGGUCUUCCGCCUGGGCACCGAGUCGCCCGCCUCCAUCCUGCUUGACGCCGUGGGCCAGCUGGAGAUGCAGUCGCCCAAGGCCGACGACAACAUCCAGCUGAUCAGAGGCAACCUGACCGAGGCCGUCGACACGUGCGUCAGCGCCGCCGGCCAGGAGUUCAGCGUGCACUGGCAGAAGCAGCUCCUCAAGGCCGCGUCCUUUGGCAAAUCGGUCCUCGACAUCUACAACAGCGACGACUUUGUUGACAUGUGCGAGACCCUGCGCGUACUCAACGCCGUGCGCUUCUACGAGGUCGGCCUCCCGCUCUCGCUCGAGCAGUACCAGCGCCUCGGCCCCGACCACCUCAUCGGCCGCCUCCUCGACAGGCACGAGUACCAGCUGGCCCUGCGCGUCGCCGGGUACCUGCGCCUGCCCACGGACCGCGUCUACGUGCACUGGGCCUGCGCCAAGGUGCGCCUCGGCACCGACGAUGACGACACCAUCGCGCGCCUGGUGGUGGAGAAGCUGUCGGGCAAGCCGGGCAUCUCGUUUGAGGCCAUCGCGCGCGCGGCCUACGACGAGGGCCGCGGCCGCCUCGCCACGGAGCUUCUCAACCACGAGCCGCGCGCGGGCCGCCAGGUGCCGCUGCUGCUGUCCAUGGAGGAGGGGGAGCUGGCGCUGGACAAGGCGGUCGAAAGCGGCGACACGGACCUGGUACUCGUGGUGCUCCACGCUCUGCGCCGCAAGCUGCCGCUGGCCGCCUUCUUCCGCGUCGUCAACCGGCGGCCCGUGGCGACGGCCCUAGUCGAGGCCGCGGCGGCCCGCGACGGCGACAACUCGCUGCUCAAGGACCUCUACUACCAGGAGGACCGGCGCCUGGACGGCGCCAGCGUCUUUUUGCGCGAGGCCCUGCGCCAGCCCGACGCGCGCACCGCCGGCGACAAGAUGGCGCUGGCCGCGCGCCUGCUGAGCGACAACGCCCGCGAGAGCGCCUUUGAGCUGCGCGCGCUCAAGGAGUCGGCCACCCUGCUGCGCAUGCAGGAGGCCUUUGACCGCGACCUCACCGACUCCUUCACCGGCCUGAGCGUCAACGAGACCAUGUUCAAGCUGAUCCGACUGGGCUACCACGGCCGCGCCAAGAAGAUACAGAGCGAGUUCAAGGUGCCCGAGAGGGUGGCCUGGUGGAUCCGACUUCGAGCUCUUGUGGCCAAGAGAGACUGGAACGAGAUCGAGGAGAUUGCAAAGGCCCGCAAGAGCCCCAUAGGCUGGGAGCCAUUCUACAACCUGAUUCUGCAAGCGGGCAACCCGCGCCUCGCCUCCACCUUUAUUCCCAAGUGCGCUACCAUCAAGGAGGGGACGUCCAUCACCAUGUACGAGAAGUGCGGCAUGAACGUGCGGGCCGCCGAGGAGGCCGUCCGCCUAAAGAACAGGGACGAGUGGACCAGGCUGCUCGACGCCGCGGGCCGCAACUCGGCCGACGGACGCGAGAUCGAACGGCUGGGCCAGGUGGCGUUCAAGAAGUAGACCAGGUGGCCGGCCGAAACGAGCCGCGCGUUUGCUGGGCCGUGGUGUCUGUCUACAUACUACGAUAGCCUUUGAUACAAUAAUGUGCCGUGACGAAAUAG